GGGCUGCGCGGCGGGACAGGGCGUGCGGUGCGGGACAGCGCCAUGAGGGAGAUCGUGCACAUCCAGGCGGGCCAGUGCGGCAACCAGAUCGGGACCAAGUUUUGGGAAGUGAUAAGUGAUGAGCAUGGCAUUGACCCAGCCGGAGGCUAUGUCGGUGACUCAGCGCUGCAGCUGGAAAGGAUCAAUGUCUACUAUAAUGAAUCAUCUUCCCAGAAAUACGUGCCAAGAGCAGUCUUGGUGGACUUGGAGCCAGGCACCAUGGAUAGUGUGAGAUCUGGUCCUUUUGGUCAGCUCUUCCGGCCUGAUAAUUUCAUCUUUGGACAAACUGGUGCAGGAAACAACUGGGCCAAAGGACACUAUACAGAAGGGGCAGAGCUGGUUGAUUCUGUACUUGAUGUAGUGAGAAAAGAGUGCGAACACUGCGACUGCUUGCAAGGAUUUCAGCUCACUCAUUCCCUGGGAGGAGGGACGGGGUCUGGCAUGGGAACCCUGCUCAUCAGCAAAAUACGAGAGGAAUAUCCUGACAGGAUAAUGAAUACCUUUAGUGUCAUGCCCUCGCCAAAGGUUUCUGAUACAGUGGUGGAGCCUUAUAAUGCCACGCUCUCGGUCCACCAGCUGGUUGAAAAUACAGAUGAAACCUACUGCAUUGACAAUGAAGCUUUGUAUGACAUUUGCUUCCGCACCCUGAAGCUCACCACACCAACGUAUGGUGAUUUAAACCACUUGGUUUCUGCUACCAUGAGUGGGGUAACUACAUCCCUGCGUUUUCCUGGCCAGCUCAAUGCUGAUCUCCGGAAGCUGGCGGUGAAUAUGGUCCCAUUCCCACGCCUUCACUUCUUCAUGCCAGGCUUUGCUCCUUUGACUGCCCGAGGCAGCCAGCAGUACCGAGCACUCACUGUUCCAGAGCUCACCCAGCAGAUGUUCGAUGCCAAAAAUAUGAUGGCAGCCUGUGACCCAAGGCAUGGGAGAUAUCUGACAGUGGCUACUGUCUUCCGUGGUCCCAUGUCAAUGAAGGAGGUUGACGAGCAGAUGUUGGCCAUCCAGAACAAGAACAGCAGUUACUUUGUGGAGUGGAUCCCAAACAAUGUUAAGGUGGCAGUGUGUGACAUACCCCCUCGUGGCCUCAAGAUGGCUUCCACGUUCAUUGGCAACAGUACAGCCAUUCAAGAGCUCUUCAAAAGGAUCUCUGAGCAAUUUUCAGCCAUGUUCAGGAGAAAGGCCUUCCUCCACUGGUUCACAGGAGAAGGAAUGGAUGAAAUGGAAUUUACGGAAGCAGAAAGCAACAUGAAUGAUCUGGUGUCAGAGUAUCAGCAAUACCAGGAAGCUACAGCAAAUGAUGGAGAAGAAACAUUUGAAGAUGAUGAAGAAGAGAUCAAUGAAUAAAGAAAUUUAGGUAUGCUAUUUUCCAGGCCAAAUUCUCACAUCUGGAUUUCUAAUAAUUAGGCUUAUAAAUCUGUACUUAGGCUUCAAAAUGAGGGGGAAAAAAAAGGGAGCAUGACUCUCAGAUAUUAGAGCUGCUCUUCAGAGUCCAUUGAGGUCACUGGGAACUGAGGACGUUCAGCAUUUCUGAAAAUCAGGCUAUUUCUAUUCAUGAGACAAAUGUAAGGCAUUCAUGUAAGACUUCAGUCUAAGAGUCUGAACACAGAGAUUAGUAGUUUGGGAUGUUUUAUUCCAAACAAACUUUAUCUUCCAUAAAGUUUUACAAGAAAAGAGGUAAUAUAGGCAUGAAAAUCUACAAAAUAGAACUGCACUAUUUCAUCCAAUUCUGAGUAAGAAAAUCUUGUGGGUUUGAAGUAUUCAUUCUGUACUGAGUAUACAAUACUGAACUGCCAGGAACAAAAGUUUAUUGAUAAUAAAAAGAACAAAAAGGUUUUGACUGUUCUGUACAGUAACUAUUAAUGAUGACGUUUGAUUCAAAUUCUCUGAAAACAAAAUAAAAAAGAUCAGUAUCAUCUCAAGCAAAA